AUGAACAAGCAAUCUGAGCCAGACGGUAUCGUCGCAUCCCCGGACAGUGGAGAACAUCCGACAAUCAUAGCGGACAAAAAGUCCGAGGUUGAUAAUGACAUUCACUCCCUUUCGGGUGUCUCCAGCAAUACCGCCGAGGAAGAAAAUGACGACCUGGAGAAUCCUCCACGCCUAGAACGUCAAUUGACGGAGCUUGGUCCUCCCAUCGAGGUCGCCCGAUCCAAGCGCAGAGGCUUGUUUGGCCAGUUAGCAUUGGUGGCAGAGGUUGAGAAUCCGAAGACAUACCCUCGCCGAAUGAAAUGGUUCAUCACAUUUGUCGUCGCUCUUGCUGGAGCCACAGCACCAAUGGGUAGCGCGAUAUUCCUCCCUUCACUAUCACAAGUAACCGAUGACUUGAAUACGACAACCACUAUCACUAAUCUGUCGAUCGCGUUGUAUAUGCUGGCCAUGUCGAUAUUCCCAUUGUGGUGGUCAUCAUUUAGCGAGCGACUUGGGCGACGGACCGUCUACCUGGCUUCUUUUGCUCUCUUUGUGGUCUUUAAUUGCCUCUGCGCCAUCUCGGAUUCUAUCGCGAUGCUUGUGGUAAUGCGAAUGUUGAGUGGUGGUGCCUCUGCUUCUGUCCAGGCGGUUGGUGCUGGCACCAUCGCAGAUCUCUGGGAACCCAGGGAGCGAGGACGGGCCAUGGGUAUCUUCUAUUUGGGUCCAUUGUGUGGACCCUUGUUUGCACCCAUCAUCGGCGGUCUCCUAGCCCAGCGUUGGGGAUGGCGGAGCACGUUAUGGUUCCUUUCAGCAUUUGGUGCUAUCACUCUCAUCUUUAUCUUGUUCGCCCUUCCCGAGACGUUGGCCGUGCACAAGCCUGUGCUGGCUGAACUUGAAGAGGAAGAUCUACAUAUCGACCGCCCGCUGAGUCGAGUCUCGUCGCAACAGAUUGUUCGGGCAACCGCAAGGUAUCUCAAGACUUUGAAGAUGGUCUUCAUUGACCCGCUCAAAAUCAUUCUCUACCUCCGAUUCCUCCCCGUCCUGCUCAGUGUGUACUAUGCUAGCAUCGCCUUCGGUUCCCUCUAUGUGCUCAAUAUCAGCGUUGAGCAUACCUUCAAAGAGGAGCCAUACAACUUCUCUACCAUCAUCGUUGGUUUGCUAUACAUUCCAAACUCGCUGGGCUACAUGGUGAGCAGUAUAUUUGGAGGCAAAUGGAUGGACAGCAUCAUGCACCGGGAGGCGAGGAAGGCAAACCGAUACGACGAGAAAGGUAGACUAGUACUACGACCGGAAGACCGAAUGCGUGAGAACGCAUGGCUUGGCGCCUUCAUGUACCCGGCAGCCCUGAUCUGGUAUGGUUGGGCCGCGGAGAGGGGAGUCUUCUGGCUUGUCCCGAUGAUUGCCAACUUCUUCUUUGGUAUGGGUUCCAUGCUCAUUUUCAGCAUGGUAACCACCAUGCUCACCGAAUUCAUGCCGAAAAAAUCCUCGGAAGGUGUAGCCCUCAACAACUUCAUGCGAAACAUCUUCUCCUGCGUUGGUUCUGUCGUCACGGCCCCGAUCAUCGGUGCUAUCGGCAAUGGCUGGAUCUUCACCAUCCUCGGCCUCGUCGGUUUCGCAAGCAGCUCUGUCAUCUUCCUGAUGAGAAUCAACGGCCCUAAGUGGAGAAAGACUUUGGAUGAACACAUGCGGAAAUGA